GCUCACCUCCAGUCAUAACAAAUAUGGCGGCCAGCAGUGAGGAGAAAGGGCUGCUGGGCUCAACAAAUAAACCCCACAGACGAUACGGGAGUACCUCAGUGAACAUGAAGCGGCCAGAAAAUAUCAUCAAGCACCGUGUGUCCAAACAGGACACCUUGCAAGGCAUAGCUCUCAGAUAUGGUGUCACAAUGGAAACUUUGAAACAGCACAAUAAGCUUUGGUCAAUAGAGGCUAUGUUCACUCACGAUUAUUUAGAAGUUCCUGUUAGCCGUGAUGUCUAUGAAGCUGUCAUGGGAACCACUCUUUCGCCACAAAGUCCUACAACACAUUUUAAUGGUUCUGACAGGAGCUCAGAUGCUAGUAGCUCACCAAGCAGCACUCCAAAGAGUAGGUCACCAUCAGUGUUAAGUGGCCUCCAUGACUGUUCAGAAACGAAUCCCAGCGACUUCCUGUCCAAGAUUGACUCAAACAUUGCCCUUAUGAAAUCCAGUAUUGAACGGAUGGAGACACAUGCAUACCCAAUGAUUGACAGAAUGGAAGUUGAUGAAUCAAAUUGCACUAGUAAUAACAGAAGGUCAUACCACUCAAAAGUGCGAGAGGGAAUAUAUCAAAAUGGUUUCCAUGACCCUACUGCUGCUCCCCACCCAGUGGUCACUCCAGGACGCACAAUCACCAUGUCAUUGAAGAGACUAUUAAGAGAACAUGAAGAAUUGUACGAGUUAUAGCACUGUAGAGCUUAAAUAAAAUCUGUGAAUGGUGAAGUGCAUUAGUUAUCAUUUCAAAGUGAUGAAAAGAAUGUGUAAGUCUCCAAACUGUAAUUGCAUCGGAUGUCAGCAUUCUCUGUGAGGCUAACGUGUGUAAGGUAUGUAUGAGUACGUGCAUCUGUAGAUUAAAUUUACAUUCCCUUUCCAAAUAAAUUUAUUAUUAUUUUAUAUAGUAGUAAUUUGUUCCAUACACAUGUACUAUACUGUGUAAAGUGGCAUAUGGAUUGUAUGAUAGUUCUUGAUUAUUUUGUAAACCGUUCUUGUUUGAAUACGUAAUCUAUGAAGAUUUUGUGAAUUGUGUAAAUAUGAUAAAUACUACAGCAUUGUACUGCACUGUAAUUUACGGAAAUCAUACUGCUUUUCCUUUUUGUAUAGCCAAUAUAUUUAUCACAUGAACAUAGUCAUAAAUUUAUUUUUAUUUUUUUAUGGUGAUAUAAAUAUUUUGAAGCUAGUAUCCUAAGAUUAACCAAAAACAUUUCUUUAAUUUGAAAAAUAUGUAAAAAUUUGGGAACUGAUUUCAAAAGAGCUCAAUAAAUACCUGCCAGUGACUUUUAUUCAAACAUAAAAUUAACUUUACUCUUCAAAGAAAUUACAUUGUGAAUGUUGAAACUUGCAGAAUACUUGUAAAAGAUAGGCAAAAGUGAAAAAAGAUUAUUAUGUAGAUUGAGAUCACUUUUUACCUUGUCUCUGAUCAGUUUCUUGAGAAUACUGUACAUGGUGAGAAAGGGUAUUGAUCUUCCCCACUUGUGAAUAACCAUAAAUUCAACUUCUCUUUAUUGCAAGUAAAAUGUGGGUGUGAAAAGUAAAAGAUCAGUUUCAUGAAAGUGAGUUACUUUUAAUUCUAGGAUUUUUGAAGAUGACUGAAGCACUUGGCAGUGUUUCAACAAAUAACACAAGUUACUUAUACGAAUGUCAUUAUGCCAAAUAGUUGGUAGAACAUGAGUCAAAUUUUUAGUUAUAUGCACUGAAGUGGUAAUUAAAGAACAGUAAGACAUAUUCCCUCUUCUGUAUAAGGAGCGCCAUGUCUCGCCAUCUGUCAUGCACAUACGCUUCUCAUUAUGGUCAUCAAAUAUGAGAAGUGUGAAGCGAGCCUUUUAAUUCAAAUGCAUUGUUGUCAUUUCCAUUACUACUAUUCUUUAACUUUGUCAUUAUUUUGUUUUCCCUCUUCAUAAUUUGUUUGGUAUGAGUUUGGCCAGAAAAUUUUGGUGAAAGAUCUUCUCUGCAUGUUUAGAGUUUUGUAAUUGUGAUGUAGCUGUGUAAUGGGGCGUUCUUUUAGGAAGUGUAAAACGAUUGAUAAAUACAUACAUGUUAUUCCUUAUGCGAACUAAUUCUUAGAAUAAGUAAUAAGACUACUGAAGAGAACUAACAGACCUCUGCAAAAUAAAAGUUUUAGCAUUUAUAAUAUUAUUAUUAUUUGAUCAUAAUGUUCACAUUCACAUAUAAACACCAGUAGGGGGGUUGCCACCUAAAGUUCACCAAACAUGGCACCCUGUAAAAUUUUUACUGCAUCUCUGUACCCACCUGCCUCCCCUUCCCCUAUGCACAUGUGUUUUUUUUUUUUUUUUUUUCCCUUUGGUAUCUUUCCACAUAGCUAUCCAACUUUUUAAGUAUUUCUCCAAUGGUAACCUCAUAUGUACAAGCAAUUUCUUUGUACAAGACCUACAAGCCAAAAGAUGGGACUUGGUUUAGUUGAACUACAGCACGUGUAAUUAUAUAUUAACUAUGAUGGAAAAUGGAUUGAAAAAGAUUAAAUGACUACUGAGGAGAAAAUUCUAUUAAAAUACCAAAGAAUAUGAAGGGUAGAGCAAACUAUAUCAUCAAAUAAAUAUAUCUGUUCUCUUAAAUAGUCAUUGACAAUAAGAAAACUUGAUGUGAGGGGGCACAGAACUUCAGAUUAUUUGUCACCUAAACCUACAAACUUUUACAUCUCUCAUGUUGAAGUCAAAAUUUUAAUUACUGUUUCACAUGUUAUAUCUGGAAGUGCAACUGUGCUUACCAACUUAAACUAUGGAUAAUGGCAUUAGAGAAAAUGAUAGGUUUGUACUAUUAAAAAUUUUCAGAUUUUUAGUUUAUGUAUUGACAGCAUUCGUUUGAUAGAAUGUUUCACUUUAAGCUUCUUUUGGUAGGUUAAACACCUAAGUGUAGAUCUCAUUAAGAAGAAUGAUAAUUCUGUGAAUAUGAUACAUAAAAUCUUCUCUCAGUGUAUUUGUGAUGCCCUUAAAUGAUGCUGCUGUGAUUAAGGGAAAGUAAAACAGUGCUGAUACUAGACUGAAUUCAGAGAAGUUUCACUAGAUUUUGAAACUCAAGUGUGACAGAUGGAUACAUUAAUAAGUGCAGUAGUGCAUUUUUUAAUAGUUUGGAGGAGAGAAGCAGCAAUACACUUUAUUGAAAAUGUAUCAGUAAGUAACCAAAAUCUUUUUCAAAACUAUUGUAGUACAGGUACUAGUGCUUUUAAUAACAUGACACUAGGCUUGAAGUCAUAAGUAUAGUAUGUGGGAGUUAUUUGAAAAUUUGUUAGCAAUCUUGUGGUAUAUUUUUCAUUGUGAAAUGCAUUGUAUUUGCAGUUACUCUAUCCACAGUGAGAUAUAUUGGGAUUAAUAUAUAGCCAAUAUUAUAGUGACAUUGUAGUGCAUGUAAGAUAAAUCACUGUAGAAAAUUUUGACCCAAGUUUUAUCGGAAUAACUUAUGCUUUUAGCUUAACUUUGUUGUAGUGUAUGUAAGAAAUUGUUAGAAAUGAGUUAAUGAGACAAAAUUUGCAAAUUUAUUGAAAUGUAUUUGAAAAUAAAUUAUAUCUUAUAACCUAAGUGACAUAAAUGCAUGUCAUCUAAUAAAAAAAAAUUUAUGGAAUUGUACUGGUUAAUCUUAGGACUAUCUGUUUAAUACUCAUGAAAAUCCUUUUUGGGAAUGGGCUUUCACAUGUAUAAAAGGUGACCGUUUUCAACAGUAAUUUUAUUUUAUAUCAUGUAAUUUUGAUGACGGUAAUGUGCUGUUUUUUUAAAUGUCAGCUGUUCUGGAAAAGGUAGCUGAUCGCUGAAUUUUCAUCAUCAAGGUCAAUAGAUAAAUGAAGCUCAUACCAUGUGACUUUUAAUUAUGUAUGUACCAGUUGUGUGUAGCAGAUGGCACUUUAGCAGGAGUUACAAAAUGUCUUCUAUAGAAGGUGGCACAUUUGCAGGGUAAUUACAAGAUGUCUUGUAGUAUUAAGUAUGUAAAGAAUCCUUUGUUGUUUGAAGAACUGUGCCAACUGAGGACUGUGUUCUUGUCUUGUAUGGGUUGUGGUCACGAUAUCUUGGAUGUGCCUUGUGUUGCAAUGUAGAGUAGUUGUACAGAAAUCCCAAAAGAUUUGGGGAUUAGGAUGGUGGAAACUUAUUUCCUCUCUUCCUCUUAUUAGCAAGAACCUAUAAAGUUGAUUGAAAUUGAGAGUCUUAUAGCCAAAGAUGCAGCUGUGCCUUUUGCUGCAGAACCAUUCAGUAUUUGAUAUGAUAAUGAACAUUACUCUUGAAAUAUUUCUAGUCAGUACAGUAUAUUAGGUUACUGAUCACAGAAAGUGUUAGACUUGUUACAGUGUAUUGCAAAAGAAUUAAAGCUUGCUAUUAGAUAGAUGUUGUAUGUACCAUGUGGAAAAAGUCUGGUUAAAAGAUCUAAAUUUUGUGAAAGUAUACAACUUGAAAAGUCCCUGCUUCAAAAAAAUGUGUACAGUGCAAAAGUUUAUGGUCAUAAUUUCCCUGUAUGCUGUUGAAAACUUCAAAUACUGUAAUGACCUUUAUGUACUUAGCUUGCCAUGAAGGCAAAGGCAACAUUUCAGUAGGAUGUAGCUGGUGAAUUCCCAGUACAUACUAUACCUUUAAACUCUCCAUUGGGAUAAUGUACGUACUUCAUUGUUCGAAUCUCUCUUCUCUCUCUCCGACUAUACAUUGCAGUUUUUUUUUACGCUGCAUAAUAUUAUAUGAAUUAUUGAAUGGCAGAACUAAUCGUAGCUCAGGGUAAGCAUUUUCUCAGCCAGUAAAUUCUUUAUUAAAUACUAAUCUUGAAAGAUUUAUCGUAUGCUAAGUAACAUUGUUGUAACUUAUGGGUACUUGGUAUUUGAAGGGUGAACUUGAUGAUUUCAUAAGUAAGACAGUAAUUCUACCUUUUUUGGAAGAUUUUAUGCAAAUAGACACUAGUUUUCAAGCUAAAAAACUUUCUUACUUAAUUUUGAUAACCAGACAAAUUCUUGAUGUAUUUAUUGCUGUAUCUUUGCUUACUUAGCAUUAAAUAUUUUCAAAGUACAGUACAGUAUUUUAAUAUAAGGUACACAGUACAACAAUUUUUUUAUUGCCAUAGAAAUCCAUGGUCACAUUACAAGAAGAAUCAUAUGAGAGAUCCCUUUUGAAACAAAUAUAUGGCUUCACUAAAGUCAGAUUUAUUUUUUUCCAUUUCCCUUUAAGGGAAUGAAUGAAUUUCAGACUUGCAUGGUUUUCAGUUUAAGAUAUUGAAUUUCAGAUUUGCAUGGUUUUCAGUUUAAGAUUUUGAAAUCCUUCUACCUUGUCAAGGAUGAGCUAAGUCAUAGAACUUUAAUAUGGAUUGAAACAGUCUUGUGGCAAUGCUUUUUCAGUUUCAACAUUCAUUUAUUUGAAGUGGUAUGCAAAAAAUUUAUCACACCAUGAAUUUUUCUAUAUUGUGCCAUUUUUAUACUUCAAGACAAGAAAGAAAUUGUCUAGUACUGUAUUUGGAAGGGGUCAGUAGAGCUGCUAUGGCUUAGUUUUUCUUUUUCAGCAGCUUAUAUCCUUAGAAGAUAUUCAGAGCACAGUUUUAUCACCUUUAUGAUAAAGAGAAAUAUGGUUUUCAGCAUUUGGGAGGUGGACUGGGGUUUUAAAGAUCAGGAUGGCUUGGACAUGUUAAGAAAGGGGGUAGGAGACAGUCAGCCAGUUAAAAAAGGGGGUGGGAGACAGUCAGCCACAGUAGUAGAUAUGUAUUGUAUGUGUACCUGAGGAAAUUCAGGCUGAAAGGAAAUAAAAAGUGACAUGGAUGUUUUGUUUUAUAUUUUGUGCAGCGUCACAUUUGUAGGCAAAAUAGUAAUUCAUUCCAUUAAAAUGAGUGAACAAUCACUGUUAAGGUUCCAGUAAUUUUACGUUAGUAUUGAGAAUAAGAAAUUUUAAGCACACAAGUAGUUUAAUUUUGCUUAUGACAAAAUUCCACACAAUUUGUUUUCUUUUACUACUGUUAAUUUAAUCAGGUAAAUUUAUGUAAGGUAUUAUUUGGACAAUGAAAUACUUAGCGGAAGAGGUUACAUUGAAAAUCUAAGACUAUCUUUUUUCAUUUCAUUUUAUUAUUACUUAAUGAGGGUACAAACUUUUGUCUUUUAAAAGGAUAUACCGUAGGCAAAAUCUGGUCCAGUUGUUGAAGCUAGGUAGCCAGGUAGUUAACUAGCAUACACUCAUUUAACAGUUGGCAUCACUGUUAAACCCAAAAGCAAAUAGGAAUAUCACACAACUUGAGAGCCGACAGGACAGUUACUUUGUAUUAUAACACUGGGGUUGAUCUAUCCAAUUUAGACUCGAGCCAAAUAUAUGGCUCGGCAUUAAAUAGCACAGAUCCAAUUCACAUUGAAGAUUCAGAAUCUGCAUUGGGUGUUCACAUCCUUCCAUACAAGUCAGAUGUAAAACUUUCAUGCUCCAUCAUGACUUAUUAACCAAACAGUGCAAUAAAGAUUCAGGCAAGUUACCAACCACUGCACUAUUCAGUCAGAGACAUCAUUUAAAAAAAAAAUCAUCCAUGACCAUUCCAUAUUAGACCUGACAUAUCUGGCAAUAAAUGUCAUCAGAAUUUCCCCCCUCAUAUAAUGCAUAAAUUACGUCUGUAAAGACUAACUGUAUAUUAGAAAUUAGCGUAUACCUCUGAACUGCAUAAGCACAUACUAAAGAACAUAUGACACAAGGCCCACACAACAUAAUUAUGCAGACCGAUAUAUAUCUUCCUAUGGGUUAGGAUUUGCUGCAACACUGUCUCAUGAAAGAAGCUAGUCUAUUUCCCAGUAAUGAAUUUGUUUUUACAACAGUACUGUCUGUGUAGUAUGUUUUACAAACAUCUUACACAAUUUUUUUUUUUUCAUUGACUAGAAAGUGCUUUAGAAGCCCUUCAAAGAUGUUAUAAAAAUCCCUUUGUUCAGGCAAUUAAGUUUCAUUAUAUAAAAUGUGUGUGGUCCCUGCACAUGUUUGUAUUAAAGGAACUGUAGACACUCAAAGUGGCCAAAGCUGCAAUCACUAUAAUUGAAUCAAAUAUACCUAUUGCUGUCAGU